AUGAACCGAUCGGGGCGUACAACAACACAGGAGGUCGACAGUGAUGUGAAUGAUGCUAUCAACCUCCCAGCCCGAGGUACUCACCGAUGCCCGAUGGUCACACCCAGCGCUGAUACCGGCAAGGCUGGACACAUGGUGGAGCCAGGACAAGGGUCUGGAGCCAGUAUGGGGGACUCCAGAGGAUACAUGAAGGAGAGAGGCGGCUGGUCUCUUCCUCAAACAUUCCAGUAUGAGCCAGAGUCGGGGUUCAGGGGAGGCGCGAGUUAG